AGUUCUAAGUGUUCUUGUUCACAUUUAUGACUUCUGUUGAAUAAAUCUGUUUGGUUUAAACACAUGCCUGGUUCUUGCCAAGGUAAACAAAGGCUGAAACAGUAACUUAUGGUGGCAGCAGAAUUUACCCAAGGGAGAGAAGCAGCAACAGGUUUCAGGGAAGCAAAUGAUAGCUUUUUCUUUUUCAUGCAAAAAGAACCAGAGGAGUUGUGGCUACCCCAUUGCCUAACAUGAUAAGCAGAGGUGUUUAUUAGCUGUAGUGUGUGAGGGGAAAUUUAUCUCUUCCUGUUAAGGCAGAGAGACUGCAGUGCAAUGUGACAGGCUCUGUCUGAAUCCACGUGAUUUUGUCCUUAAAGCGCCUUGCAACAUUGUCACGGCAGGCUGCCAAGGGUGUUAGGGCAAUACAGUACGCUCUUGGCCAGAUGACAAAAGUCCAUUCACCACUCAAGAAAGCUGUGCCAGAUGACUACUUGUGGAUGCAGUGGAGUUGGAGAAGAUAUGGUUUCAGCUAUGUGGCUGUACCUGGCUGCCCUGGUGGGGCUUUACUUCCUUCGCCGAUGGUAUCGGGAGAGACAGACAGUGGAGAACCUCACAGAGAAGCAUGUCUUCAUCACUGGCUGCGACUCUGGCUUUGGGAACCAGCUCACCAGGCAGUUGGAUGCCCAGGGCCUGAGGGUGCUGGCGGCCUGCCUCACGCAGAAGGGGGCAGAGCAGCUGGAGAAGGCCACAUCAGAGGGGUUGAAAACCACCAUUCUGGAUGUCACCAGCACAGAGAGCAUUGCAGCAGUGACCAAGUGGGUGAAAGGAUGCGUGAGAAGCAAAGGACUGUGGGGUUUGGUAAACAAUGCGGGCAUAGCUAUUCCAACAGCUCCCAAUGAAUGGCUGACCAAAGAUGACUUUGCCAAGGUGAUAAAUGUCAACCUUCUUGGGAUGAUUGACGUGACACUGCACAUGCUGCCCCUGGUGAGAAGAGCCAGAGGGAGGGUGGUCAACAUGUCCAGUUUGAUGGGAAGGCUGGCAUUAUGUGGAGGGGGUUACUCCCCAUCCAAGUAUGGCAUAGAAGCCUUCUCCGACAGCCUUAGGCGAGAGCUCCAGCCUUUUGGGGUACUAGUCAGCCUUAUUGAACCUGGUGGUUUCAUCACACCCAUUGUCAGUUGCAUGGAAGAGUCCUUCCAGAAUGUGUGGAGCCGGGUGCCUUCAAACAUCAAAGAAUCCUACGGACAAAAAUACUUUGAGGCCUGUGAGUAUCAAGGGGAGAACAUUCUGAAUUCGGAAAAGUCCAUUUUAUUCAAGAAACCAAAGAAUGAAUAAGCAGCUGGGACUUUUCCAAAUCCAAGGGAGAAAGCAGAACACUUUUUUUUUUUUAAAGUGAUAAGUAGUUUUUGAAACUGGAAGAUGGAAACGGUGAGUGGCCAACCUUUGCCAUAAGUCGUAGAGACAGGCAACAGGAAUUUGUCAAGGGCCAGUACACCUGGCUGUGGCAGAAUAAGGCCUGUCUACCUCUCCUAUGCUUAGAGGCAAUUCUUACAAGUGAUCAGGGCCAACGAGGGGAGAGGGGUACGACUUUACUGGGCCCAGAGCCAGCAGGGAACCCAGACUCUGCAUUUUCAUUUUUGAAAAAUAUCUACCCCCUUUAGAACUAAUGCUUUGAAGUAAAAUGUGCAAGUAUUAUUCAACACUAUUGCUUUGCGAGGUAUUAGCCUCCCCCCACCUUUCAGAAAUUUUAGCCAAUGAGUGAAGUCAGAGCUGUGAUUGAUGACUACUAGCGAAAAAUUUUAGAGUAGUGCAAGCCCAACAGAAGACCCAAUAAAUGGCUUCAAGAUGACCCAAGAAGUAAUUUUGGGGUUCUUGGUGCAUGAGUCACACUAGAGCAUUCUCUUAAGAUUCAGACAAUGGCGAAGGACAAUCAGAUUCACUUUGGAGGAGAGUCCAACUUUAUUUUGAAGCUUUUAUUGUCUUAGAAAAGUGAUUGUUGCUCACAGAAAAUAACUGAGAAAUGCAAGAUUUUAGUGUAGCUGUGAUUGUGAAAUAACACAUUCCCACAAAAGUAAGCAGCAAAGACAGAAAUUCAUGUUUUUUCUAACUUGGUUUAAUUUUAUGCAAAAAUUUCUGGAUAUGUAAAUGAUUUUUUUUAAAAAUUGCCCUGCAAAUGAAAAUAAAAUCCAUCAUUAAUGUAUUUAUAUUGCAGGGGAGUAGAUAUUUUGGCUGAGAGAGAGUGGGUUACAUUAGCCCUAUAAAGUAUCUCAGUGUUGCUACACUAAGAGUUGGGGGGACUGCAAGGCAGUAGUGUAGGGAUGGGGAACAUUUCUCAGCCAGAAGGCCAGAAUGAGAACUGGCUCACCCUUCCGGGAAUUUUUGAAGGUGGGUGACACCACCUAACUGUCCUUCACAUGACAUCAUAUGACAUCAGGUGACUCAAAGUUUAAGCCACAGGAGCAGGCCGAGGCUUAUCUCUGAUCUUGGCUGUGGUCCUGCUGAUGCCUUUAACCAUCAAAGAGCACACAGAGGCCUCUCUACCUUCUGAAUGAACCAGUGGCUUAUCUCCGAUCUUAGUGCUGUGGUGGUCAGAGAUAAGAGAAAUCUGCCUGAUUUUUGAUAGUUUAUUGUAAAAGAGCCAUCAGAGGCUUAUCUCUGAUCUUAACACUAUGGUGCUUAGUGCAGAGAUUGAACAUAAGGGUGCAUACACUGGAGAUAAUAGAUCUCUGCACAUGAAAUAAUAUGGUGCCUGGCAUAAACAGGUGGGCAUGGUUUGCCAACAAUGGGCCUCAUGGGCCAAAUGCAGAGGCCGAAUUAGACCCUUGGGCCAAAGGUUCCUCACCACUGGGGUAGUGUGUGACAACGCUACAGUAGAGUCUAGUGUUGUUGUCCGCUAGCUUGGGGGGGGGCGGUUUUGUGGUUUUUUUGGAAAAUGUAGUAAGAGGGGCUGUUAAUUGGAUUGUGGCAGCAACAUGAAGGGUGGGGGGAUUAAUGCUUCCCAGGGGGUGAAAUAGAAGGUCUCCUGGGGAUGAGUUGUUGCUGCUGGUAAUAUGGGUAUAUUCAUGUAGAAGGCUCAAAUCCUUUUUUGCUCAAAAACAAAGUGAAAAGCGUGGCUGUUUAACCUGUUCUGAUAACGUUGCUAUAGUUAUUAUGAGGUAUGUAUAAUAAA